UAUGGUUGAGAAAGAAGAAACCAAAAAGAGGGCUCGCUCGUCUUCAAGCAGCUCGUCCAGUAGCUCUGGAUCGUCAUCUUCUGGAAGUAGUUCAUCAGGAUCUCGCUCCUCCAGCUCAUCGUCCAGUGGCCGUUCUCGUUCUCGCUCACCACGUCGUCGUGAUACCCGCCCACCAGCUCGUGGAGGACGCUCUCGUUCUCCAAUCCGUCGUGGUUCACCGCCAAGAGGAGCACGCGCGGAUCGCGAUCGCCCAAUGCGACCAUCACCAUCACCACCACGUCGCCGUCGUCCAUCCCCAUCGCCACCACGUCGUGAUCGUCGUGACAGAAGCGGGAGCCGUCAGAGGAGACGCGCUUCUCCGAGGAGAAGCCCAGCAGCAAGAUCAGCCAGUCCGGCCAAGCGUGUAGUGAUCAAAAAUUUGAGCAGAAAUGUUCUGAAAACGCACCUCGAGGAGAUUUUCUCGAUCUACGGAGCCAUCAAGAAUGUCGAUCUUCCACCAGAUCGCUUCCAUAACCAUGUUCAUCGUGGAUAUGGAUACGUUGAAUAUGACAAUUUGGAAGACGCCGAAAAGUCGAUCAAGCACAUGGAUGGAGGACAAAUCGAUGGAAUGGCUGUUCACGUCGAAAUGACUAUCGGACGACAAUCUGUCCCAUUCCAGCGUAGAAGUUCUCCAUUUAGAAGACGCUCGCCGCCACCAAGAGACAGAAUGUCACCAAUGAGAAGAGGAGGCCGCAGUCCACCACCACAUCGCAGACGUUCUCCAAUGGGCGGCCGUGGCUCAGGAGCCAACAAUAUGCCACUUGGAGGGCCCAACAGAUUCCGCCGUGCCAGCCGCUCUCGUUCUCCAGCCGGCAGAAGAUCGCGUUCUUAAACUUCCAUUACUGACGUUCCAUUUUAAAACCCCAUUCUAAACUGUCCAAAUUCUGAACAUCCUUUGUUUAUUAUUCUUCUGUUUUGUUAUGCAAAAGAUCUCCCCAAUUUUCGUUUUUUUAAUAAAUUAUUUUGGGUGU